UCGACCAGUUGCUAACUUGCUACCCAGGAAUUGGGAGAUGGAGCCGGCGGCAGCCAUGAUCGUGCUGGCUCUCUGCGCGGCGAUGGCCAGCGCGGCAGUCGUGGAGCACACCUUCAAUGUGGGCGCCACGAACAUCUCUCAGCUUUGCACGGAGAGUGUGAUAUACACGGCCAACGAGCAGUUGCCCGGACCGACCAUAGAGGCCAGCGAAGGCGAUACGGUGGUCGUCCACGUUGUGAACGACUCGCCAUACUCGUUAUCAGUGCACUGGCACGGCAUAUUUCAGUUGCUGAAUGGCUGGGCCGACGGGGCGUACCUGAUAACGGACUGCUCCAUACAGCCUUCCGGUAAUUUCACGUACCAGUUCAACAUCACGGGCCAGGAGGGAACCCUGUGGUGGCAUGCCCAUUCCUCGCUCCUCCGAGCCACCAUCUAUGGCGCCCUCAUCAUAAAGCCCAGAAAUGGCACCGCUGGCUACCCUUUCACGGCGCCCUAUGGAGAAAUCCCAAUAGUACUUGGUGAGUGGUGGAACAAAAAUGUGAACGAUGUGGAGAUUGACGGGCACUUGACCGGCCUAGGACCAGCUAUUUCGGACGCGCUCACCAUCAACGGCAUGCCAGGGGACCACACUUCCUGCAAAGGUGCCGGUGUCUAUGAAGUAGAGGUAGCAUCCAACAAGACCUACCUCCUCCGCAUCGUCAAUGCUGCUCUCAAUGUCGAGCUCUUCUUCAAGGUGGCCCGCCACAACUUCACUGUGGUGGCCGUCGACGCGAGCUACACCAACCCCUACACCACUGACGUCAUCGCCAUCGCACCGGGGCAGACGGUGGACGCCCUCAUGACCACCUUGGCGCCUCCGAGAUGGUACUACAUGGCGGCCACCGUGUUCGACAGCAAUACCGCCUCGAUCCCCUUCAACAACGGCACCGCCACAGGCAUUAUCAAGUACGAAGGAGCACCGAACGAAACCAUUGCAUCCAUGCCAUCCAUGCCGGCCCACAAUGACGUGGUUACCGCCAACAACUUCUACUGGUCUCUCACCGGCUUGGCUCGGUCGGACGACCCAGCCGUGCCAACAACUGUGAACCAUAGCAUGGUUGUCGAGUUCGGGUUGGACCAGGAGCCAUGCGCACCGGACCAGACGAAAUGCAAGGGGUACGCGCUUGUGGCGUUCAUGAAUGGGUACUCGUUCCAGCUCCCAAAGAAGGUGUCGCUCCUCAAUGCGCUCUUCGAUGAUCUAACGGAUGUGUACUCGGAGGACUUCCCGAUGUCCCCGCCGUCGGUGCCGACGAUCAGGAAGGCGACAUCCGUAAAGAAGGUGAUGUACAACGAAGUGGUGGAGGUGGUGCUGCAGAGCAAGAAGUACAAAAGCAAAGUUGGCACGGAGAACCACCCGAUACACCUCCACGGGUACAACUUCUUCGUGUUGGCCCAGGGGCUCGGGCGCUAUGACCCGACGGAGAGGAGCACGUUCAACCUCGUGAACCCGCAGGUGCGCAACACGGUCGCCGUGCCGGGCGGCGGAUGGGCCGUGAUACGGUUCACGGCAAAUAAUCCAGGUAUGUGGUUCAUGCACUGUCACUUGGAUGCUCACGUGCCCUUGGGGCUGGCGAUGGUAUUCGAGGUGCUUGACGGUCCGGCCCCCAAUAUACUUCCUCCUCCUCCCGUUGGCUACCCGAAAUGCUACUGAGGGCAACCCUAUUUGUAUACUCCUAGUUGUGCGGUUAUUUGUCUAUCUAGUUGUAUGAACGUGUCUGAUUUGAUACAUUUGUUGAAAGCUUUGUACAUUGCUCAAAGUUUUUAAUCGAUUCUAUAUAAAUCCCCUCUUAUUGAAUAAAGCUCGUGUUUAACCUCA